AUGGCUCAGCAGAGACCAUGCCUGUCCCUGCUGCUGCUGGGAGCUGGCAUUCUGAUCCUUUCCCAGCAGCUCACCUUCACGGGAACCGCAGGAGCCCAGAGGCAGAUCUCACUUAGACGACGUGCCGAGACCGAGACCGCCGUGAUGACGGAUUAUGAACAGCAAAUGGCGGAGAAGAAGGCUGCAACGCUGGAGGCUAUCGAGGAAGCCGCGCAGCAGGAUGCACCAUCUGGCGAAGACUUGGGCAAUUUUUGGGUGAAUCAGCCCGGCCAGCUGUCUUUCGAAGUCCAAUUCAACCGCGGCGACAAGGUCAAGGACCUCAGGACGGUCAUCGAGAAGGUCACUGGCAUCCCUCCAGACGCGCAGGAGAUCCGAUCCGGCGGGGACCUCUUGUGGAAAGACGGCCAGUUCUUGGAGGCUCUGGACUUGUCGGAUAUUUGGGUCAUGGACGAUCGGGACGACUCCCCAGAGCGAGGUGAGUGGAACCCUGAUCCUGAGGAGGACAUGGACCCUCUCUCCAAUCCUCUGAAGAUUAGCAUCUACGCCUUCAGCGCAUUCAUUGGUCUCUUCUGGGUGACGCAGGUCGCUGGCAUCAACCCAUAUGCCAACUGGCCGGAGGGUCCUCGUGAAGACUGGUCUCAGGUUCCGGAGGAACUCGGUCUGCGGCCUGGCCAAGAGCCAUACCAGCGACCUCAGCUUCUCGAGGUGGACGACGUGACGCUGAAAGAUUUGUUGAAGACGCGAAAGCAGUCCAACGUGUUCAAGUGA